AUGGACGCGGGGGCGGCGGCGGCGCAGAUGGAGAAGCACUCGUCGGCGGUGGCCUUCGUGGAGGGCGGCGUCCAGGACGCCUGCGACGACGCCUGCAGCAUCUGCCUCGAGGCCUUCUCCGACAGCGACCCCUCCGCGGUGACCAGCUGCAGGCACGAGUUCCACCUCCAGUGCAUCCUCGAGUGGUGCCAGAGAAGCUCCCAGUGUCCCAUGUGUUGGCAGGCAAUCAGCAUGAAGGACCCCAUGAGCCAAGAGCUCCUUGAGGCUGUUGAGGAAGAGCGGAACGCGCAAGAAAAUCACGCGCGAAACACAACCAUUUUCCGUCAUCCACUGCUCGGGGAUUUUGAGGUACCGGUGGAUGCAGAUGAUGCCGAGAUUGAGGAGCGAAUCCUACAGCACUUGGCUGCCGCUGCCGCCAUUCGUAGGUCACACCGCCAUGCUAGAAGAGAAGACCGUCGCAGCAGAUCGGCAGCUCAUGGUCAUGGCCACCCACAAAUUCUGUUCUUUCCAACUGCUGCUGAGGCCACUCCUGGUGGUUCUCUGUCUUCACAUCCACCGCAAGAAGGGGACCAUGAACAUGCUUCUGCUGUAGUUUCUUCUCGGCCACUGCCUACUGUGGACUCCGCAGAAGAAACAGCUGCAGACACAUCUGUGAAUUACAAUGCCUCGGUUGAUGGCCCUGUUGGGUCAAAUGAUAGUGUUUCUAGGAACCAGUCUUCGCCUGCCAACCAAGAUGAAGCUGGACCAUCUGAUGCACAGUCAUUCUCAGACACAAUCAAAUCUCGGCUGCAGUCGGUUUCUACAAAGUACAAGGAUUCCAUAUCGAAAAGUACGCGCGGGUGGAAGGAAAGGUGGUUCGCACAGAACAGCACCAUAUCAAACCUUGGUUCAGAGAUGAGGAGGGAGGUCAAUGCUGGGAUCGCUGCUGUGUCUCGCAUGAUUGAGAAACUAGAGACACGGGAUGGAAAUGGAACAGGGAUGUCGUCUGCUACUGCUUCUCCAGCCGUUCUCCAUCCUGGUUCAGAUGCAGAUAGUCAAGGAGCUGUCGUCCCCCCUACAGCUGCAACUGCUUUACAUAACGCCCCGUCUUCAUCAACAGCUUGA